AUGGGGCAAACGUCAUGUGUCCGGAAGUUCCUGCCCAGGAAAAUAGGAAGGUGCCUUCUUCUCCUUCCUGCUGAGGAUUGUCUUCCGGGUCGCUUAGCGGAAGGAGAGCCCACAACGACGGCGCGCGCGGAGACCCCUCGCGGAGCUGGCGGAAAGGAAGUUAGCUCGGCGCAUGCUCACACAGCACGGGGGGGGGGGGAGGAAUUUGACGCGGAGGCUGCCAUGGCAACGGUGCCCGGGGUGACUGAGCGCUACUUCACCCGAUGGUACAAGCCAGAUGUAAAAGGCAAUCUGUGUGAAGACCAUUGUGUGUUACAGCAUUCUAACAGAAUCUGUGUUAUCACUAUAGCUGAUGCCCAUCCUGUUCUUCAAAAGGGAAAACAAAUCGAGAGUAUUAGUUACCAGAUAAGUGCCAAUUGCAGCCGACUGCAAAAUAAGGUCUCUGGGAAAUCCAAACGGGGAGCUCAGUUUCUAACAGAACUUGCCCCUCUAUGUCGAAUAUUCUGCACAGAUGGAGAUGAAUACACCAUAUACAGCUGUAUACGAGGGAAAUUGAUAGAAGUAAAUGAAAAUAUUUUGGAAAACCCAUCACUCCUUCAAGAAAAGCCUUCCACAGAGGGAUACAUUGCAGUUGUAUUACCAAAGUUUGAAGAAAGCAAAAGAAUAACUGAGGGACUCUUGACACGGAAAGAAUAUGAAGAAGUGUUGGCAAAACGUUUAAUCACACUUCAUGAUACAAUACAGAGUGAGAACUAAAUACAUUUCAUAGCAGAAAUAUGAAUUGUAUAAUAUAGAUUCCAGUAUAUCCCAUAAUAAAGUGACUUUAUGAACUUUCAUACUUGAGAAAGGAGUCAAGAAUUGGGAAAAAUACUGUAAAACUGGAACAGCAUGAUGGGAAAGUUUAAAAAAAAUUUUUUCCAGCCAGAUGAGACCCAAUAAAACCGGGCUUUAAGUAUA